AUGCCUGCAAAUGUGGACAAAGCUAACUGGCCGGUCUAUACGAUGCGAUACCGAUGUUCGGGGGUCGAAAAGCAGCUUCGGCUUGAGUGGAAUCACAAACCUGAGGCCCACAGUGUGGAAGAGGUUGUCCAGUGCAUCAGGGACUAUAUAAAGAACCCCCAAGACCGUAUGGAGUCUAAUACCGGCGAAACCUUCAAGACCCUUCUACCAGAUUACUGUAUUGUGCAGAAGGGCGGUCACAAGACUCAAACCUCAAAAACCGACAGAGAACCGGAUACUGCUUAUCAUAUUUCUGUGCGGUUUGGUAAAAUCGCUGAUCGUGCUGGGGCGGGCCAAGUGUGGGCCUACUCUGUCCACAUCUAUCUCAAUGAUAAUACCAAGAAAUAUGAACCGAGAGAAGUUAUAUGGGGUAACCCAACACCUGACAGACCAGAACAGUCCGCGGUAUACAAGAACAGAAUCCAAUGGCCUACCGGCGCAACAGCUACGACAGCACCCCCGGCUCCCGGUGAGCAACCCUUAGUCUCCACCACAUCGACUGAAGGGUUGGCUCCAGCCUCUCUCCCUACGACUAAUCCUUGGGGCGGAUCAAUAAUUCCGUCGCGGCCGCCGAAUCCCCCCCAGUGGGGAGAAGGUCCAGGCCAAGGGUCUGCCGCAGGGGGCGGUGGAAGUACAUAA